UAAAAAUUCCUGCAGGUUGCAUCCAACAAAUCCAUUAUCAUUGCAUUAACUUGUAAGCAGCUUCUCUCAGUAGAGAAGAAAACCCAGCUCCAAAGAAGAGAAACAGAUCACACUUGCAGAAAGAUUAAAAAAAAAAAAACCCAGAAAAAUGAGAGCCAGCAACCAUUUGAUAGGAUUACUAAACUUCUUAACUUUUCUGUUGUCAAUAGUAAUCUUGGGUGGUGGAAUAUGGCUAAGCAGCAGAGCCAACAACACAGAUUGUCUCAAGUUCUUACAGUGGCCAUUGAUAGUGAUAGGAGCCUCAAUCAUGGUCGUUUCCUUGGCAGGUUUCGCAGGCGCGUGUUACAGGAACACGUUCUUGAUGUGGCUUUACCUCUUUGUCAUGUUCUUCAUCAUCACCGCGCUCAUCGGGUUCAUAAUCUUCGCCUAUGCCGUGACUGAUAAAGGAUCAGGGCAGCCAGUGAUGAACAAAGGCUACUUGGAGUACUACUUGCAGGACUACUCCGGCUGGCUCAAAGACCGAGUGGUAGAUGACAAGUAUUGGGCUAAGAUUAGCUCUUGCAUCAGGGAUUCCAAAGUUUGUAGCAAGAUGGGAAGAAAUUUUAAUGGUGUUCCUGAAACUUAUGGCAUGUUCUCUGUGAGGAAGCUUAGCCCUAUUGAGUCAGGUUGCUGCAAGCCCCCUACAGACUGUGGUUUCGUCUAUGUCAACGAGACCCUAUGGAACCUCGGAGGAGGGUUAGUUGGAACUGACCUCGACUGCUCUAAAUGGAGCAAUGACCAAGAGCAGCUGUGCUAUAAAUGUGAUUCCUGCAAGGCUGGUGUGCUUGGCAGCCUCAAGAAGAGCUGGAGGAAGGUCUCAGUGAUCAACAUAGUUGUGCUUAUCCUCCUGGUCAUCUUUUAUGUCAUCGGCUGCGCUGCUUUCAGAAACAACGAGAGAAUUGAUAAUAAUGAACCUUAUGGCGAGGCAAGGAUGACAAAAGCACAACCAAGUAGGAUCUAUCUAUAGAAAGUCACAGAAGUAAAAAAGACUUCAGACAUGGGAGCUUUUACUCUAUUGAAGAUGUAUGUUUUAGGUUUUUGUAUGCCAUUUUAGGGCUGGUUUUUGUGAAACAAAUGAACUUGAUGAAUUUGGUUUGAUCCACUCACUGUUACUGAAUGAUGUAAGAACAGAGGGUACUUUCAACUUUCGAUUCGGUUAAUUUUAAUUGCAAGAUAUCACCACUAAUCAUCACUUCUUAAUUAGAAAUACGUCCUUUGAUGAAAACAGUUAAUGUAACAAUAUGGCCAGCGCCAGUGCAGAUGCAAGUAGGUGAAGUAGGAGCUUGAAGUCAAGCAUAUGCACCACUGACAUGUUUACAUUGCAGGACUUCUUUGGUGGUG